AUGAAGUUAGACUUAGAGCUGAUUAAAAAAAAGAGCGAGCAUAACGAAGGGCUUAUUGAAGAGUUAGAAGAAAUAUCGUUACACCAGUUGCAAAUUAAGAAAAUUGAAUGCAUUAACAUCCAUUGUAGAAACUUGAAAAUACUACUACUGCAAAAUAAUUUAAUUGAAAAAAUUGAAAAUUUAAGUCAGAUGAAAAAAUUGGAGUACUUGAAUUUGGCCUUAAAUAAUAUUACAGUUAUUGAGAAUUUAGAGAAAUGCGAAUCCUUAAGAAAGCUCGAUUUGACGCUAAAUUUCAUCGACGUUUCAACAAUUGAAAGGUCCAUAAAUAAUUUAAAAAAAAAUGAAAAAUUAAAAGAAUUAUAUAUGAUGGGAAAUCCUUGUGCCAGUUGGGAGCACUUAAAAUUUUUUAUUAUAUUUCAUUUGGAAAAUUUACAAGUUCUAGAUGGUUCUGAUAUCUUAAUGUCCGAUAGAAUAAAAUCAAAACAGAAUAUUGUAUCUGUUUUAAAAACCCUAGAAGAAGAAAAAAAAAAAUGUAGACUUAACGAAAACGAACCGUAUGAUUCCAUUAACAAAAGAAAGGAAAUCUAUGAAGAAAUAGAACAAAAUGAAAUGGAACAAGAAAAAAAUGAAAAUAAAAAUAAAAAUCGAAAUGCAGAAAAGGAAAUUUUACCUGUAUAUACGGAUGAGGGAGAUAUUCGUCAGUGCAACGAAGGUCAUUACAAGUUCAUGUUUGACGAAUAUUCAAGCAGAAAAUUUACCUAUUUGAAAUUAUUUUUGCCAAAGUAUUUGUGUAACUCCCUAAUCAAGAUAGACAUAAACAUAAACUAUGUGAGGUGCAUAAUUAAAAACAAAUUAUUCCAAAUAAAAUUAAAUGAUUGCAUUUUAACUGAUUUUACAAAAAUAUAUAGAAAAAAAUAUACUGGAGAAUUACACAUUAAAAUGAGAAAAAAAAAUUAUAAAAAAAAUAAAAUUUUUGAAAGGGAUUAUUUUAAAGGGGAAAAUUUUAAUACAUAUGCAAAUACUGCUCAACUUCACUCAACCUUGUCAUCAUCACCGUCAUCGGUAUCUUCACGUACUUCGUCUUUUUCUGAUUCGUCUUGUACAUCCUUUAAAAAUAAUCAUUCCAUUAAAGAGAACAAAAGGAAGAAUUCAAAGAAUUUUAUGCUACCUUUCCUCAGCGAAAAGGAUGACAGUUUUCUUCUCGAAGAAAAACAAACUAAAUAUUGUGCAUCCCUUAUCAGUCAAAUACCUCCUCUCGAAAAAAUAGCUAAAGGAAAUUCUUAA